AUGGACCCCUGCUCCUCGCUCUUCAGCUACGUGUUAAUGCACUUGUUCGUCCUCUGCCUGCAAGCCCAGGUAACUGUUCAGUCCCCACCUAAUUUUACACAGCAUGUGAGGGAGCAGAGCCUGGUGACGGAUCAGCUCAGCCGGCGGCUCGUCCGUACCUACCAGCUGUACAGCCGGACCAGCGGGAAACAUGUGCAGAUCUUGGACAACAAGAAAAUCAAUGCGAUGGCAGAGGAUGGGGAUGUGCACGCCAAGCUCAUUGUGGAGACGGACACCUUCGGGAGCCGCGUGCGCAUUAAGGGGGCAGCCACGGGUUUCUACAUCUGCAUGAACAAGAAGGGGAAGCUGAUCGGCAAGAGCAACGGCAAAGGCAAGGACUGUGUCUUCACGGAGAUCGUCCUGGAGAACAACUACACGGCGCUGCAGAACGCCAAGUAUGAGGGCUGGUACAUGGCCUUCACCCGCAAGGGCCGCCCGCGCAAAGGCUCCAAGACCCGGCAGCACCAACGGGAGGUGCAUUUCAUGAAGAGACUUCCCAAGGGCCACCAGACCACCGAGCCCCACAGACGCUUUGAGUUCCUCAACUACCCCUUCAACCGGAGAAGUAAAAGGACUAGAAACUCCAGCUCCAGGGCCAGCCCUUGA